AAACAAAGUCUUAAAUUUCAGGAUAAUCCAAAAUAUUCGUUGAAUAUUGCACCAGUGUGUUUUUGCAUUCGGCGCUUACAACUUUAUCACUUUGAUUUUAUUAGUUUUCCGUUUGGGAAGGUCUCGAAUUGGGGAGAGACUUAGGGUUUCACUGUUUCAGUUGAUUGUCGUGAAUCAAAAAAGAUGCAGCAAUCUCCACAGAUGAUUCCGAUGGUUCCUUCUUCAUUUCCGCCGACCAACAUCACCACCGAACAGAUCCAAAAGUAUCUUGAUGAGAACAAGAAGCUGAUAAUGGCGAUCUUGGAAAAUCAGAACCUUGGUAAACUUGCAGAAUGUGCUCAGUAUCAAGCUCUUCUCCAGAAGAAUUUGAUGUAUCUCGCAGCAAUCGCUGAUGCUCAACCUCAGCCACCAGCAGCUGCACCAACACCAGGAGCCAUGACUCCCCAAACAAUGGCUACGCAUCCAUCAGCAAUGCAGCCACCGCCAAGCUACUUCAUGCAGCAGCAGCAGCAUCAACAAGCUUUGGGAAUGGCUCAACCAAUACCGCCCGGGCUUUUCCCUCCAAGAGGUCCGUUGCAAUUUGGUACUCUGCAUCAGCUUCAAGAUCCGCAGCAACAGUUACAUCAACAAGCUAUGCAAGGGCACAUGGGGAUUAGACCAAUGGCUUUCACUAAUAACAGUGGACUGCAGCAUUCGAUGCACCACUCCUCUGGAACUGCUCUUGGCGCAAACAACGCGGGUCUGAAUGAUGGUCGUGGUGGAGGUAAACAGGAUGGGACCGAUGUGAGCCAGAGUGGAGCUGAUGGGCAAGGUGGCUCAGCCGCUAGACAUGAAGAAAAAUGAAAUGGUAGAAAGAAACAUUAUGUUUUUGUUCAUAUUAAUUAGGCUCUGUUUUUUUUUUUCUUUUUUUUUUUCCAGGAUUUUAUUUUCUUUCUCAUUCACAUGUUUGUUGUUGUAUGAUAUUAGUUGCACCGGUUCGAUUUGGUUAGGGAUCGGUCUAGAAUCGAGCUCAAUUAUUUGUUGUAGACCGAUGAUUAUAAGGCUGGACAUUAGUUAAGCCGCACCCGAACCGAGUUUGUUAAACCUUAUUA